AUGGCGACAGUCAACGACACGACAAUCAAGGUGAAGAAGAUCGCGGGAGCCUGUGGCGCAGAGAUUUCAGGCGUCGACCUCGCAAAGGACCUCGAAGAUCCCAAGGUCCGAGACACGGUGCACCAGGCCCUGCUUGACAAUUUGGUCAUCUUCUUCCGCGACCAGGGACAUUUGACGCCAGACACCUUCCUGGCUUUUGCCCGCUACUUUGGCAAGCCCAUGCAGUACCCCAUGAUCAGCGGCCUGCCUGGCUACCCACUGAUUACUGAGGUGCUGAAGCGCGAGCACGAAAAGACAAACUUUGGCGGCGUGUGGCACGCUGACACGACCUAUCUCAAAAGCCCGCCUAUGGGCACCAUGCUCGUGUCUCGCGUGCUCCCUCCCCACGGCGGCGACACCUGCUUCGCCAACCAGUACCUCGCGUACGAGGCGCUGAGCGACGGCCUGAAGAAACAGCUCGAUGGCCUCCGCGCCAUCAGCAGCUCGGCCAAAGCCGAGGUGAGCAAGACGCGCGAGGACCGGGUCAAGGAAGACGGGGCGAACCCGGGCGUCAAGCCCGCCGACCUCGAGGCCUCGCACCCGGUCGUCCAGACGCACCCGGAAACCGGCCGCAAGGCCCUCUACGUUAACGUCGCCCACACGCUCCGGUUUGACGGCUGGACCGAAGAGGAGAGCAAGCCCUUGCUCGAGUACCUCUUCCAGCACCAGGUCCGGCUCGAGUUCACCUGCCGCUUCCGGUGGGAGGUGGGAUCGCUGGCCUUUUGGGACAACCGCUGCGUCCAGCAUAACCCCAUCAACGAUUACCACGGGUACAAGAGGUCUCUGCACCGCAUCACGCUCGAGGGUUCCGUGCCACAGUAG